CGGCCGUUCGCAAUCGCAAUGUGAUUUAGUUGUAUCCGAAACACGCGGCUGUAAGCACGCGUGCCUCCGUCUGUGUUUUUUAGUGUUGUUUUUUUUUCUGGAGUUUCAACUGUCAGUUUUGAGCGGGAAACGUUUAAAUAAGACACGAAAAUGUCGAAGCUAUGCAAAGUGAUAUUCCUCUACAUACGUCUGGCCUUCGACCUGAUGAUCGACGGCAUAUUCUCUCUAAUCUUCAACCGCAACUACAAGACCGUGCCCCCACUAGACCUGAAGAAGCAUGGCAUGCUGACUGAGAGUGCCCUCACAUUAGCCAAGAAGAUCAGACAGAAGGAGCUCAAGUCUGAGGAGUUGGUUCGAGCUGUUAUCGAGAGGAUUAAAGAGGUGAACCCUGUGAUAAACGCGAUCGCCAUGGACCGGUACGAGGCAGCCCUAGCAGAAGCGAAGGAGGUUGAUGCCCUCAUUGCACAGGGAUUGUCAGAUGAGGAGUUCAAUAAGAAACCGUUCUUGGGUGUCCCGUUUACAACAAAGGAGAGUCAGGCUGUCAAGGGCAUGCCCUUUACAAUAGGUCUGAUAUGCCGUCGCAAUGAAGUGGCUACGGAGGACAGCGAGGCUGUGAAAAGGUUAAAGGAUGCUGGAGCCAUCGUUGUAGCAUCGACUAAUCUGCCUGAAAUGCUUGUUUGGCAAGAGACCCGCAAUCCUGUAUACGGCAUGACCAACAACCCUCAUCACUCUGGCAGGACUCCCGGAGGCUCCAGCGGAGCUGAGGCCGCACUCACUGCCUCCUGUGCCUCUGUCAUCAGCUUAUGUUCUGACCUCGGCGGGUCCACUCGUAUGCCAGCGUUCUACUGCGGCAUGUUUGGCCACCACCCAACUCCUGGAAAUACCAAUCUUAGAGGUAUUGUAUUCAGGACGGGUGAAGAUCAGGAGACCAUGGUAUCACUGGGCUUCAUAUCCAAGCACGUUGAGGAUCUGGGCCCUCUCACCAAGAUCAUUGCUGGAGAGAAAGCUCCACUGCUGAAACUAGACAGAGAUGUCGACUUUAAAGACAUCAAGUUUUACUACCUGGAGAGAAGCCAAGAUAUGCUUUUGAGCAGCGUAAGAGCAGAUCUCAAGGGGGCCAUGAAGAAUGUUAUAACGCGAAUCAGCCAAAAUAUCACGACAACGGAGAAUGCACCAGAGCCUUACUACCACAGAGGUUUCAACCACAUGUACAGCAUCUGGAAGCAUUGGAUGACCAAGGAACCUGAACACCUGCCCUCCCUCUGUACCAACAACAAGGGGGAGGCUAAUGGAAUUAUUGAAUUGUUGAAAAAGAUGAUGUGCAUGAGUCAAUACUGCCUGUUCACAAUAGUGCGUCUGAUUGAGGAGCAGUGCUUGCCGAAGGUGGAUCCAGAAUGGGCAGAGAAGAUCUCUAAGGAGUUGAAAGAAGAUUUAUUCAGCAAGCUAGGUGACAACGGCGUCCUCCUAAUGCCGAGCGCCCCGCAGCCAGCCCCCUACCACUACUCCUGCUUCCUGCGGCCCUAUAACUUUGCGUACUGGGCCAUCGUCAACGCUCUCAAAUGCCCUGCUACCCAGGUACCUCUCGGUGUGAAUGCCCAAGGUCUUCCUCUCGGUAUCCAAGUAGUCGCGGCCCCGUACAACGAUGCCCUCUGCCUGGCCGUCGCCAAGUACCUCAGCAAGGAGUUCGGAGGUUCCAUCAAGGCCUGCAAAUAUAAAUCAUAGACUGUACUAUAGAGUUGUGUGUUAAUACUAUUGUAUGCUUGUAUGUGUAAUGGUUACUAUUUUUGUACUUAUUUAAUUAAAUAAAUUCCUUUUUU